AUGAAGAAGAAGAAGGUUGCUCGAAAACCUGUAUCAAGAACAAAAUCUGAGGAGGCCACUAGAUCUUUGCCAUCAACGGAAUCAUCGUUGAAGGUUCACCCUAAUAUACAGACAGAGGAAGUUUUACCUGCUAACUUGACGGAAAAUACGCAGAGGAUACGUUCGUUGGGUCUGACUUGCGAAGAUGAAUUGACUCAUCAGGGGGACGAAGAUAAGGUUAGAGACACAGUUCCGGUUGAGGAGAAUGAGAAUUUCCAAUCGCAUUGGGCGAACCUCAGAGGUAAACUGAACGUUAAUGAGUCGACUAAGCUGCAUUAUGAGGAGCCUUUGCUGAAAAAUGGGAAGAAAGUAGCCCAAAUUGAUUUGGAGGAGGUUGCUGAACAAGUUCAGAAUUGGAGUUCAGCUGUGAUAUGCAUGGUUUUGGGAGCCAAUCCCCCAUUUGCAGUUUUUGAAGGGUUUGUGAAAAGAAUAUGGGGUCACCUGGGUAUUGAACGGGUAGUGAGGAUGCAUAUGGGUCUCACCAUUGUCAAGUUCAAUGAUGAGGCUACUAGAGAUUUUGUUUUGCAGAAUGGCAUUGUGCAGUUUGAUCGGAAACCAGUCAUAGUGAGGCCUUGGACCCAAGAUCUGGACACCAUCAGGUCUGCAAUAUUGGGGGAAAAAUGUCUCAGUGCUUUGGUAAGCACUAUUGGGAAGCCAAUUAUGGUGGAUAAGUUUACAAAUGAUAGAUCUAUGAUCAGAUUUGCAAGGGUGCUUGUUGAAAUGGAGAUAACUGAUGAUCCUCCUUUUAAUUGUAAGGGGUAUGGGCAUAAUUCAGCUGAAUGCAAGAAAUCAGAUACCAAAAGCUGGGUGACCAAGGAUAAGGCUGAUAAGGAGGUUAUCAGGGCUGAUGCUAAAGCAGUUGAUGCCGAAAAUAACUCAGAAGGAAAAAUUGCAGAAACUGAGGGCCAUAAAGCUCUGGAAUUUGUUGUCUCUUUUGUGUAUGGAUUUAACACAGUGGUUGAGAGGUUGGAUUUGUGGAGGGGUUUAUCUUCAAUUCAAGUUUUAAGUAAGCCUUGGCUGGUAGUGGGUGAUUUUAAUGCAGUGUUUAACUAUGAUGAUAGACUAGGGGGCAAGAGGGUUAAUGCUAAUGAGAUAAUGGACUCUACAGCUUGGCUGGCCUUUGCUCAGCUAGCUACAAUCAAAUGCAUAGGUUCCAAGUUUACCUGGUCAAAUAGACAUGAGGGAGCUGAUAGAGUAUAUUCUAAAAUUGAUCAUGGGUUUAUCAAUGAAGAAUGGUCUGACUUUAUUCCGAAUACUGUUGCUGAAAUUCAGUGGGAUGUGCUUUCGGAUCACUGUUUCCUACUCAUUAAGGCACUUAAGGUGGGACAUUUUGGAAUUAAACCCUUUAGAUUCUUUAAUUGCUGGAUAACUCACAGCAGGUUUAAAGAUACUGUUCUUGAUAAAUGGUGCAAGCCUUUGACAACAAAAGGGUUAUUGGGAGUGACUAGGAAACUGCUCAGGCUGAAGCAUACUUUGAAAGUGUUCAGUAGGAUGGAAAUAGGGGACACUGAGCAGGGGUAUCAUCAGGCUAAGGGUGAUUAUCAGUUAGCUUUAACAAAAGCUCAGGAACAUCCAUUGGAUGCUUCUGCACAGGAGGCUGAGAGAUUAGCAGCGGUCUGUUAUAAAGAGCAUUAUACUCGGUACAGGAGCUACUUAAUUCAGCGUAGUAAAGUAACUUGGAUUCAGAAGGGGGAUGAAAAUAAUUCUUAUUUUCAUGCGUCUGAACUUAAUCAGGAGUUUACUAUAGCUGAUGUAAAAAAAGCUCUGUUUAGUAUUCUGGGUACUAAAAGUCCAGGCUUAGAUGGAUACAAUUCAGAUUUUUACAAGGCUAUGUGGAAGUAUAUUGGAGAUGACAUUUCUUUGGCUAUUUUAGAUUUUUUUAAAACAGGGAGGAUCCCGGCUGAGUUGAACAAAACAGUUUUGGCUCUAAUUCCUAAAAUUGAUUCCCCUAACAGGGCAGUUGAUUAUAGGCCUAUAGUGUGUUGUAAUACUCUGUAUAAGUGCAUUUCAAAAAUGCUUUGCAGUAGGCUUUCAGAAGUGUUACCCUCUAUUAUUAGUCCCAAUCAAGGUGCUUUUAUUAGAGGGAGAUCUCUUGCUCAUAACAUCCUUAUUUUUCAGAAUUUGAUUAAGAAUUAUAACAGAAGGAAUGCUUCCCCGAGAUGUACUUUGAAGAUAGAUCUGAGUAAAGCCUAUGAUACUAUUGAUUGGGAUUUUUUAGAGAGGUUAUUAAUCAGAUUGAGGUUUCCUUCUAGAUUCAUUCAUUGGGUGAUGGUUUGUCUCAGAGGUACAUCCUAUACUGUUUUGAUGAAUGGUCGUUUGCAGGGGGGAUUUCAAGGAGUUAAAGGUCUUCGACAAGGCGACCCUAUUUCCCCAUUACUAUUUGUAUUAGUUAUGGAAUAUCUCACUCGAUUGCUUCAAUUUGGUGCAUUGCAUCAUGAGUUUCGGUUUCACCCUUUAUGUAAAAAUCUCAAAAUCAUCAACUUAUGCUUUGCUGAUGAUUUAGUGAUUUUUUGCAAAGCUAAUAGAGGUUCGGUUCAGAUUAUUCAGCAGGUAUUUGAAGACUUUUGCCAUAGUACUGGAAUGAAGGCUAACUUAAGCAAGUCUCAAGUCUUCUUCAGUGGUAUCUCUGCUCAAGACAAACGCCAACUACAACAACUGUUAGAGUUAGAAGAGGGUACCUUUCCCCUGAAGUACCUUGGAGUCCCUAUGAGACCCACAAAAUGGAAAGUGGCUGACUGCGGUGAAAUUCUUAAAAAGAUAAAGCUCAGACUUCACACUUGGUCAAGUAGACAUUUAUCCUAUGCAGGGAGAGUUCAGCUCAUCACUUCUGUUCUUCUGGGGCUGAGAAAUUAUUGGAUGAAUAUUUUUUUACUGCCUCAAAGUAUAAUCAAAGAAGCGGACAAGCUUUGCAUGUGGUUUCUUUGGGGUAAUGAUGGUACAAGGAGUAAAUUUCAUCUUACAUCCUGGUCUAUGGUUUGUUUGCCUAAAGCUUUUGGUGGUUUGGGGUUUGGAGAAGGGUCUAAGUGGAAUAAGGCAUUGCUUGGUAAAUAUAUUUGGGCUAUUAGCCAUCAACAGGAAGUAUUAUGGGUAAAGUGGGUUCAUGCAGUGUAUUUAAAGGGCCAAAACUUUUGGCAAUACCAACUUAAAGCUGAUGCUAGUUGGUAUUGGCGCAAAAUCUGUCAAUUACGUGAGUUGUUCUCUCAAGAGGAGAUUGAAAAGGCUGGUAGUAAUGGAAGGUUUAAAAUUAGACAGCUGUAUAAUGGUCUGUUUCAGCUUAUCCCUGUCAAUUACAAGCAAUUUGUCUGGAACAGAGUGAGUGUUCCUAAGCAUAGGUUCAUCACUUGGCUUGCGGUCAAUUAUAAGUUGCUAACUAGGGACCUUUUACAACGAGUGAUGCAGCUGGAUUCUUCUCUUUGUCCGGUCUGUGAUCAAGAGUUGGAGAGUCAUAGUCAUCCGUUAUUUGGUUGUUAUUUCUCUCAGCAGGUUGUUCAAAAGGUUCAUGACUGGUUUGGCUGUUCUUGGCCUCUUAUCUACUCAGACUGGUGCAGAUGGAUUGGAGGUAUGAGCAAGGGGGUUAGAGCUUCUAAAGUGGCGGCUGUGUUCUCUGCUACGGUCUACUAUUUGUGGCAUAACAGAAAUAUUUGUGUUGUUCAUAAUUACUCUCUUAGUAUUAUGGCUGUAGUUGAGUUGGUAAAAAAUGCCAUUAAGAGUAGACUGAGUGCUUUUUUCUCUGCUGAUGUUGUAAAGCUGUGA